AUGAAACUCACGCUCAAGCAGCAAUGGCGUCCAAGACCUCUCAACUCGUUUCUUGGUUUUGUUGAUAUCAAACUCGGUGUAACUAUAGCUCUCCUCUUUGCUACUGAGAACAAUGCAUCCUCUCACCAGGUCCUCAACAAAGUGGCAGGCGUGUACGGCCUCAUCGCCGUUUUCACAGGAGGGUCAUUCGCCCAGCUCAGCAUGUAUAUCUAUUCUGUCGUAGCGCUCAUUGCGUUUGGGUGGGCACUCAAAGCUGUCACUGAGGAGGACCCACGGCGCACACUCUACUUCGCCCACCUCUUUUUCGCAGACCACGUCCUUUCCACAGUCUGGACAGUCUUUUUCGCAGUAGUGUGGUGGAUAUAUACGCCACAUGACGGACGGCGACAAGCAAACUCCGCGGCGCAGGAACAGCUCAUGCAAGGCGGUUCUGGACAUAACAUGACGGAGGAAGAACGGACGUUAGCUGCGAUGCGGAUCUGGAAUAAGGAGAAAGGUAUGGCUGCGGCUGUCAUAAUUAUUGGCUGGUGUGCAAAGGUCUAUUUCGCCAUCCUGAUCUAUUCGUAUGCCAUCCAUCUCCGAAAAGGCUCUUAUCGCUCGCUCCCACGAACAACAGACUCUAUCUACUCUCAGUAUACCUCUCUCAAUGGUGGAGCUCGUGGUGCUGCAUUCCCCGAAAGCGUUCUCGACGACGAGGAUGAAGAGUCAGCAGACGGCUUUUACCGUAUGCCAGUAACUUCACUUGCACAAGUCUCUUCGAGGAACUCAGCGGCGCCCAAGCCAGGGUCCUCGGUCACCUCAUUCUCGGACUUCACGAGUGCUCCUGGGCGAGGUCGUCGAUUUCGUUCUACAGGAGCAGCGGCGAUCAGUGGAGACCUUGGAACUGUCGUGGCCGGGAAAGCGAAGCCGGAGGAUAAAGAAACAGACUACGAGGAGGAGGUCCUCUUCGACUCUGAUGAGUUGACUCACUCGACUCAUUCCAAGUUCGGCACAGAGGAGAGUACGAGUGUGAGCUCGCGAGACGACGAAGCUAGUGGGCGGCGAACACCUGGUGAUGGAGGACUUAGUAGGGAGAGGACUGGGUAUAAUAAUAAUAGCUUUGGGCAACCGUGA